AGACGACUCGAUGAACUGAGGCACACCCUGAUGCCCAUGUACAACUUUGACCCUGCGGACGAGGGCGACCAAGACUGGGAGCAGGAGCUGCUUGAGGCUGUCCAGGAGACUAUGCCUUAUCAGCACCAACUCAAUAUAAAACAGUGAUAAUGAGUAGGGGCGACGUCGGAGGAGCUGCCCAAGUCCAGCCGCAGCCCAGCAGGAGCGCCCAAUUCACCAUCGCUCCGAGAACAAACUGCCCCAAAAUCCCCACCGACAACACCGAACUGCCUGGCAGGGCCAACACCCGCGUCUCAUUAAAAGAAUUAAGGCAAGUAAUGCGUAGUGUUGAGCACGUUCGAGGUCCACCUUUGGACGCCUACAUUGUGACCACGGAAGACGAGCACCAGACAGGCUCUCCGCUGAACCACGACCGGCGACUGCGGUUCAUCUCGGGUUUCAGCGGCUCCACCGGCGAGGCGAUCAUCACCAAGCUCGGCUCGGCGCUGUGGACGGACGCCCGAUAUUACGGACAGGCCGACUCCGAACUCGGCUGCAACUGGCAAAUCUUGCGCAACGGAAUUCGAAACACUCCCACUGCUGCCGAGUGGAUUUCGCAGAACGUCAACAGAAAGGGCAAAAUCCGAGUCGGCGCCGACCCGAAACUGGUUCCUCACCACACGUGGAUCACCUGGGCGACGGAGUUUGAAAAAAACAACAUGACUCUCAUUCCAAUUCUGGCAAAUCUUAUCGACUCAAUUUGGACAAGUGACCGACCCGAGAUGCCGAGCAUGUCCAUGUUUGUCCACAGCUUUGAGUACACAGGAGAAACGUGGCAGAGCAAAGUGAAACGAGUCCGAGGCGCCCUCCAAGCAAUGGGCGCUGACGCUCUUGUGGUCACUGCACUCGACGAGAUCGCCUGGCUGCUCAACAUCCGAGGCCGAGACGCCAUGUACCUGCCUGUCGCCCGAGCCUAUGUCAUUUUGUUCCACCAGAAAAUUUUCAUGUACGUCCCAGGUGCUUCAGUCCCCGAGUCUGUCUCCAACCACCUCAGAACCUUCAACUGCAUUAGUGAUCCAUUUUGCGUCAGAAUUUUCGAAUAUGACCAGUUUUGGAAGGACCUUCCAACCUUCUCGCAGUCCUGGAAUAAGGUCUUGCUGCCUGUUCAGUUCAGUUACAAUUCUGGAUGCAGUCACAGAGUCGUGACUCAGGUGCCUGAAGAAAAGCGCAUGAUGCAGCCAUCGCCUAUCAUGAUGUUGAAGGCAGUGAAAAAUUCUGUCGAAAUCGAGGGAAUGAAAAGAGCCCACAUCAGGGACGCAGUGGCCCUUUGCGAAUUCAUGGCCUAUUUUGAGGACAAGAUGUCUGAGGGAGAGAAAUGGUCGGAAUUUCAGGUGGCCAGCACAUUAGACAAAUUUAGAUACGACCAGCACCUUAGUCAGGGCGCCAGUUUUAAGACCAUCGUUGGUUUCGGGCCGAAUGGCGCUCAACCUCAUUAUCGACCUCAGCUGAACUCCUCACUCGUUAUUGCUAAAAACUCUACUCUUGUCAUUGACUCUGGAGGGCAGUACUUAGAUGGAACCACGGAUGUGUCCCGAACAUUCCAUUUUGGUUCUCCUACCCUGAAGCAACAGGAGGCGUACACCAGAGCCCUGGCUGGACUUCUAACCCUGUCGAAAUUGAGAUUUCCAAACUCGGUUGAUACGACAGAUGUUGACGUCCUAGCUCGAUCUCAUCUCUGGGCCGCUGGAAUGGAUUACAUGCAUGGAACUGGUCACGGAAUAGGCUCCUUUCUUGGGGUGCAUGAACCCCCCAUAAGUAUUCACUACAACAGCCGACAAAAGAAAUCUUUCGAAGCGGGCCACUUUCUCACUGUUGAGCCAGGAUUUUAUCAAGAUGGGGACUUUGGUGUCCGAGUAGAAAAUGUAUUGGAAGUCGUUCUAGUCAAACAAAAAUAUAACGUGUCCGGGCCCUAUUACGGCUUCAAGACAACAACUCUAGUUCCUUACGAGCCAAAAUUAAUCAACACUGACUUCCUUACUCCAGACCUGAGGAAAAUGAUAAACGAGUACAAUGCAAAAGUGAGACAACUAGUCGGAUCGGAGCUGAAGAAGAAACCAGACCUGAAGGGUUUCAAGUGGAUGAUGCAGAAAACUGGUUACAUCCCCGAGUGGCUUCCACCCAAAAAUUCAAAGUCUUCGAUGCAUCAAGAAAGUAUUAAACUGUCAUUCUUAAUUUUAAGCGUCGUUACGAUCUUAUUGUGAGCACUCGAUAUACUCGGGGACUUGGAAAUUUCUGUGAUUAAAUUUGAGUGGUCAUGAAAUAAUAACGUGUGCUUAAGUGUGCGUGUAUAAACUUGGUGUAACAGAUGAUUGAAAAUGUCAAACAAUCUGCAUUUUGAACAUAUAAUUAACUGAAAGUGAGAUAUAUCAUAUGAGCUGCUGUUGCAAAUCGUCUGCAUUUCAAAUUUUGAUCAAAAUUUCUUGUAUUGUGUAUUAAGUAUGAAAAAAUUAUUAACUUUUAAAGAUUUCAAAGGGUUAGUGUUAGAAUUUCCAUUCCAUGAAGUUAUUGUGUAUCAUAUAAUAAUGAAUAAAUCGUCACGUCUCCAAUCCAG